AUCACUCAAAGUUCGAUAGUUCUGAAACCGAAACGAAGCUAAUUUCUUUCUACAAAAAUUGUUUCAUACGCAGCGCUCUGUUUCGAAUUUUAGGCUUUUAAUGAAACGAAAAUAAUUUAAAAUCUAAAUGUAUUAAAACCCUGAAAACAAUAUAAGAUCAUCGUUUACGCAUAAUCUCUGCUUGCAUUCUCUCUGGAAUUUAUUCGCAAAAGAAUCUUACAGUGACGUGAUAUAUAACUAGAAGAAAAAAAAUUCUUUUAAUUUGAACGGCUGUGAUCUAUUGACGGAAAACGGGAUAAAGCAGGAGGAGUUUUUAUGUCUCGGAAGUUAUUGCAAUGGCGAAGCUUCUUUGAGAUUGAACUAGCUUUGCGUCUGACUGGAUGCUAGAGAUAUUGUAUUUUUGCUGCUGGAUAUAUCACAAUGGAAUUCGAAGAUGAUUCGUAAAGCAUGACGGUAAUAUAAAUGGGUGAUUGACAUGAUGAUAGCGAGGGCCGGGUGUGCAGUUUCCAAACUCUCCUUCGCUGCUACUACGAACUUCCACUUCAAAUCUCUCCCGUUGAAAACUUUAUCUGUUUCCGUUGGGGUUCAGGAGAGGACAUUUUGCAGAGUUAAUUGUGAGAAGAGGAACAUGGCAGUCCAAUUGAGGGAGAGUGUGGAGUUGACCGAGGUGGAGGAGAAAAUUUUUGAGAGAUUGAGGAAGGUGCUGCUCCAUUUCAAUCUUCCCACACAACUCCGCGUUGCUGGAGGAUGGGUUCGUGACAAGCUUUUGGGGAAGGACUCUUCUGAUAUUGAUAUUGCCUUAGAUGACAUGCUAGGUCGUGAAUUUUGUGAUAAGGUGAAUGAAUACUUGGCAAAUGCUGGGGAGAAAACUCAGGGUGUUGGAGUCAUUCAAUGCAACCCAGAUCAAUCAAAACAUCUAGAGACUGCAAGGAUGCGGAUCUAUGAUAUGUGGAUUGAUUUUGUAAAUUUGCGAUCUGAGACAUAUGUGGAACAUAGUCGUAUUCCUCACAUGAAGUUUGGCACAGCGAAAGAGGAUGCAUAUAGAAGGGAUUUGACAAUAAACAGCUUGUUCUACAAUAUAAAUACUGGAUCAGUGGAGGACUUAACUGGAAGAGGUAUAUCAGAUCUAAAAGCUGGAGUUAUAGCUACACCUUUACCACCAAAGGACACAUUUUUGGAUGAUCCAUUGCGAGUUCUACGGGCAAUUCGAUUUGGUGCAAGGUUUGAGUUUAAGUUGGAUGAUGAUUUAAAGAAGGCAGUUGUUGACAAAGAUGUCAGAGCUGCACUGGCUACUAAGAUCAGUCCGGAACGCAUAGGGCAUGAGAUUGAUCUCAUGGUUUCUGGUAACCAGCCCGUCAAAGCAAUUGGCCAAAUCGAAGAAUUGCAGUUAUUCUGGACUGUAUUUUGUCUUCCUCAGAAUCUGGAAGCUAAGUUACCUCAGGAUUGUGAAAGAGCAUGUGUCAAAAGUUUGGAAGCUUUAUCAGAAGUCCUUGGGAAAGUUGGCUUUUCAACAUUGAGUGAUGAUCACGGAAGAUUGUGUUUAUAUAGCGCAUUAUUCUUACCUUUAAGGAAUGUGAAUUAUUCAAAUCGCAAGGGAAAAACGAUUCCAGUGGUUAGUGCAAUCAUCAAAGAUUCUCUAAAGCUAAAGACUAAAGAUGCAGAUAUGGUACUCAGUUUACAUGAUGCUGGUGAGGAAUUCACUGGGCUUAUUGAUAUACUAAUCUCAGAUAAACAUGCUGGAAACCUAACUCCCAGCAUAAAUGAGGAGGAUGAUUUGGGUAUCUCACUGAUGUCAACGAAAUGCAUACAGACAGGGCUUCUCUUGAUGAAGAUUAAGGAAUUAUGGAGGGCAGCUGUGUUCCUUUCAACCCUCAUAAAACACCCGGUUGCAGAGUACCGGGAAAUUCUUGAUAGCAAAGAAAUGGCGGAGAAACGGGCUUCACUGUAUAUAUCAAUUGAGAAGUCAGUUUUACAAUUAGGGCUUGAAAAUGUGUGGGAAAUGAAACAUUUGCUUGAUGGAAAUGACAUUAUUCAUGAGUUAGGAUUGAAAAAAGGGGGAACAGAGGUGAAGGAAUGGAAAGAAAGGAUACGUAAAUGGCAACUAGCUAAUCUAUCUGGUACAAGAGAAGAGUGCCUUGAAUGGCUCCACCAGGUCCGGGCAAAGAGAUUAAAGACUGAUAGCUAAUGGCCAUGGUUAUGGAGUGCCAAAAUUAAUGUGAGUUUCAGUUAAUAUUUGUACCUCAUAACAAGGAACAAACAAGAAAAGAAAAACUUCUGAGGAGACAUCUGGGAACAAACAAUUAAACAGAAAAUGAAAAAAAUGAUAAAUUGAAUUUUGAAACUGUACUUUGCUUUCAUCCAAAGGAAUUUUCUUGAAACUGUAGUUAGUUUUUGGUGUAAGGAUUUAUACGGAUAGAAAGGCACAUUGAAAAAAGACUUUGGCAGUAGAAUAAAUUCAUAAAUUUUUGAGCUGUUGUCAAGGUUGGCAUGGGAUGUAUCAGACAUGCUAAGCUGAGAACACGAUUAUGAUUUGUAUAAAGAGUGUUCAAAAGAAAAUAGUUUCAUUCA